UUCGCGAAUUUUACGUUUAAAUUGCCAAUUUCAUUACAAGAACAGUGCUCUCGUGUUAUUUGUUACAAUUCAAUAAGUUCCAUCAUUAUUUUUCCGUUCAAAAACUCGUUCAGUGGUAAAAACAAAUGCCAAACAUGAAGAAAGGAUUUUUACUUGUGGUCGUUCUCCUCCUUGCUGUGAAUUUUGUUGCGAAAAGUACUCGAGGAAAUGAAACUGAGGAACUUUUUGAUGCUAUCAGAUUAGAGAAUGUAGAUGUAGUUACACGUCUAAUUGAAAAUAGUUCACUCGUAAAUGAUAGAAAUUCGUAUGAACUGCUUUCACUUGCGGUAGCUCAGAAUAAAACGGACAUAGUCAAAGCUCUUGUCGAUCAUGGAGCGGAUGUGGAUUCUAGAGACAAAAAUAAUACCACACCACUUCAUGUGGCAUCUCUAUAUGGUAGACGCGAAAUUAUUGAGUUUUUAAUCACUCGUGGUGCAAAGGUGAAUGCCGAAGAUAAUGAUAAAUGGACGCCACUCCAUAACGCCGCUCGAUAUCGCAAAUUUGAAAUAUUUAAAUAUUUAGUUGAACAUGGAGCAAAUAUAAAUGCUACAACUGUCCACAAGUAUACACCUCUAUCUUUGGCUGUUGCAAGUGGUAGCACGGAGAUUGCCAAAUAUCUUGUCGAACAUGGAGCUGAUGUGAAUUCUAGAGACGAAGAUAAUUAUACACCACUUUUCAGCGCAUCUCUAAGUGAAAACUUGGAAUUGGUUGAGUUGUUAAUCACUCAUGGUGCAAACGUAAAUGCCGAAGAUGAUAGGAAAUGGACGCCACUCCAUAACGUUGUUCAACAAGGUAAUUAUUGUAACAUGGAGAUGGUCAAAAUUCUUGUCGAAUAUGGAGCUGAUGUUAAUUCUAGAGACAAAGAUAAUUAUACACCACUUUACUGGGCAUCUAAACUUUAUUUAACAUAUGGUACAUUUGAAAUGGUUAAAUACCUCAUCACUCAUGGAGCAAACGUAAAUGCCGAAAACAAUGAUAAAUGGACGCCACUCCAUGAGGCUGCUGAACAUGGAACAUUUGAAAUGUUUAGUUAUCUAGUUGAACAUGGAGCUAAUAUAAAUGCUACAACUAACAAAAAUGAUACUCCAUUGUCUUUGGCUGUUCAGAAUGGUAAAAUGCAGAUUGUCAAAUAUCUUGUCGAACAUGGAGCUGAUGUGAAUUCUAGAGAUGAAUAUAAUUGUACACCACUUCACUGGGCCUAUAGAGAAGAAUUGAGAUUGGUUGAGUUUUUAAUCACUCAUGGUGCACAGGUAAAUGCCGAAGAUAUCGAUAAAUGGACGCCACUCCAUAACGCCGCUCGAUAUGGUAAUUAUUGA